AUGGAGGCUCCCGAAGAGUCGUGCGCCGCCGCCGCGGCCCACGCCCCCGCGGGCUCCGCCGAGGCCGCGUGCGCCCGCGCCGCGGCCAGCGCCACCUCGCCUUCCGCGGAGGAGCUGCGGCGGGCGCUUGCCAGGGCAGUCGCAGAUGCCUUCCAGAGCCUCCACCGCGCGCAGGAUAUCAUUGAGCGGGAGCUGCCUGGCGCGCUGGCGUCGGCGCUCCACGCGCACGGCGCGCUCGAGCCCUGCGGUGGCGGCGCCGCCAGCCCCGAAGAGCUGGCGGCCGCCCGCGCGCACGCGUGCCACGAGGUGCCCGGCGGGGUGCCCGAGCGCUGCGAGGCGCACGGCGCGCGGCAGGGCGCCCAGGGCGCCGCCGGACCCCGGCGCAGCGGCGCCGGCCUCGGACCCGUGCGGCGGCAGGCCGUGUCGUGCGCCCUCACCCGGCAGGAGGUGCCCGGCGUGGUGCCGGAGUGCGGCGAGGCGCCCGGCUGGUCGCCGGGCGCUGCCGGGAGCACGGGGGGCGGCCCUGCCCGCGUCGGCGACCACGGCCAGGCAGCGGAGGGGCCCAUGAGGUGGGCCCUGCAGGAGUGGCGCUCCCCCGGAGUGGUCUUCGACGACGCGCUCGAGGCUGAGCCGUCGCCAGAUGGAAGCGAGCAUCCCGCCCCUGACCGCAGGAUCAGCUUGCAGAGCAGCUCGUCGCAGAGUAGUGCUCCGAGCCAGCCGCUGGCGCUCGCAUCGGAUAGCACUGCUCUACACCAGCGCGUGUUGCAGUUCAAGACGUUGGGGAAAGAGCACAGCCAGGCGAUCAUGGAGCUGUGGAAGCACCUUGUCAAGUCUCUGCAGGAGAUUAGUGUCUCCGAGAUCUCCCAGAUUCACAGCGCGUGGACAGACGCCAAGACUCUCGGUAUCAUGUUGUUUGCUCCUCAAAGGCCAGUCGAUCGAUCGGCAGCAAAUCUGUUUCACAGCACCACUGGCACCCUUCAAGAUUUUGAAGGCAAGAUACAGCAUCACGGCACGAAGGGAGACAACAUCAGGAGAGUCGUCAGCUCGAUUCUGAACCAUGUCUGUCACCCUUUCACCAGGCAGCGAAUCGCAUGGGAUUUUAUGGGCAUGGCGCUCUGUCUACAUGACGUGACGAUGUUUCCCGCGGAAGUGUUUGAGCUGCCAGAGGAGUACUUGCGUUUCCGGUUUUACUACGAGUUCUUGGCUUGCGUCUUCUGGACCAUUGACGUACCGAUCAACUUCAGCACUGGGUACAUCUCCAUGGAGGGCUUGCUCGAGAUGCGGAAGGGCAAAGUGAUGAAGCACUACGGGCGCACGUGGGCUACGCCAGACGUGGUCGUCACACUCCUCGACUGGAUCUGCCUGCUCGCCAGCGUCAACAACUCUGGCUUCCUUCGCCUGGGCAAGGCCGCCUCCCGCACGAUGCGCUCGCUGCGGCUCCUCCGGCUGCCGAGGCUGAGCGCCUCGCUGAACGAGGUGGCUGGGGCUGUCAGCUCCGAGGCCGUCAUCACAUUGGCAGGAGUUGCGAAGUUGCUCUUGUUGCUGAUCUUGGUGACACACUACGUGGCCUGCAUGUGGUUCUGGUUGGCGGACACGUCCGACGAGAGAAGGACCUGGAAGACGAGGUUUCUGAGUCCGGGCGACUAUUCUCAACCGUACGAGUAUCUAACCGCGAUGCACUGGGCGAUCACUCAGUUCACGCCUGCAUCAAUGGAGGUGCAUCCAAUGAACGUUCAGGAGCGUCUCUUCACCUGCGUUGUGAUCGUCGUGGCCAUGGUGUUCUUUUCCUCGUUCGUGUCGAGUAUCACACAUGCGAUGACCAAUCUUCGUGCGAUUCACGUGCGCAAGAUAGAGCAGGAAAUGUUCAUGGCAAAAUAUUUCGGCGAGUUCCGGAUUUCUCGGGAGUUGGCUUCGCGUUGCCGCCAUUUCAUUACACAGCACCAGAGGAUGGCAUCCAGACGCAUAAAAGGAACGGACAUCCCAUUCAGUAACAUCCUGCCCAAGUUCAUCAAUGAAGAUCUACGUUGCGAGGCGCUCAUACCGUUCCUUAAGUCGCAUCCCUUCUUCGACUUCUACAUGGUGAUCUGCCCCGUGGGUAUGCGGCAGAUUUGUUGCAACGCCACAGAGGAAAUCUCGAUGCUCCCGCAGGAAGAGCUUUUCUGGAACGGCCAGCCUGUGAAUCGGAUGUUCUUCGUGCGGGUCGGGUCCGUGUCUUACACCGACGACAACACUGACAUACCAACUUUGGAAGUGAAAGUUGGCCAGUGGGCCUGCGAGGAGACGCUGUGGUCCAAGGUGUCCCUGGUGUCCAGGCCGUUCACGGCUUCCACACUAGGCUGCGAAAUGAUCACAGUUUUGCCGUCGGAAUUCCACAUGGUCAGUAGGAUGCACCCUUACCCUUUGAGGUUCUGCAUUAGCUACGCGAAGCUAUUCAUCAAUGCUUUCAAUAAUGCGAGUAAGAAUCCAGCGUACCGGAACUUGCUUUUCAACGACAGUCGGGAGUGCACGAAUUUAGUGUUCAAUGCUUGUGUUGGCCUGGAUGAUCAGGGGAAGCUCAAGAAGCACUUCGGUACGAAACUCGGCCUUCUGCAGUCUACACUGCGGAUCGCCGCGUUUGGGGAAGACGUGGCCAGUCAGUCUUCGCCUUCCGCGUCCGUCGCGCCUGGGUCUGGGUGA